UUUCUGUCAAGAAGGACCGCGAGGUUAAUUUUUCAAAAUUGAGUUAAAAAUCCAUUUUAAACUCUUUGUGGUCGUACAAAGGGUCAUUGUACUCAGAAAAAUAAGCUUUAUCGCUGUAAACAAUAAUAUCAGCAAUCUAAGCUUCAUUUUAGGACCCAAUUCUCACUAACUUGGACUUCGCACUAAAUUAUUGCUAUCGAUCGCACUAUUGCGACUCGUCAAACUGGCUUGGGAAAUUUUAAUUUUCUCAAAAAAUGAUCAAAGCGAGCCGAUGUUGCUCACCUGUCAAUCGCAAUUUUAAAGUGCGAAUGUCCAGUUUGGUGGAAACUGCGACUGAAAAUGUAAAUAAACAACUGUUGGUUGCCUAGUUUUUGGAAAUUUUGUUGUCAAAAGUGCGAGAGAAAAGUGCGGGCCAAAUCCAAGUUACAGUGCAAGGAUCAAUACAUUAAAAAUUAUUUUUUGCUGAGAUUUCAUAGAAAAAUCGCACUUAUUCUGUUCACUUAUUCAAGAUGCCAAGAAGGGGAGGUAAACAAUCCAAAGAUCCCAAGUUCGUGGCCAAGCGCCUGGAGCGCAAGCAAAAGGUAGCGAUUCGCCAGAAAAAGCAGGCCCCAAUCGUGCGGAAUGCCAUGCGGAACAAAGACUGUCCCCCGCAGGAACUCCGGAAACUGUUGCGUCGAGUGCCGGACGUGCUCGCCCACAACCCGAACUUCCAGGUCGUGCGCUUCUGUCUGCCGGACUAUCCGCGCCAGUGGAUCCAGCAGGAGGAGGAGGUGGACCCGUUUGCCGCGUACAUCAACGACGCCUUCCGGGGACAGAACUACGUGCGGUGGCCGCUGGACGUGCAUUUGACCGGAGGUUACGUGCUGGUUCUGCUUCCGGACGGUCCUAGUGCAGAGUUUGCGCGCUCGUUGCUGCCCGGCUUGCAGGGUUUCUUCGGAACGGGAAUUCGAGAGCCCAGCUGGCAGGAGGUCGAGCGGUUCCACGCCAGCUGGUCCGACCGGAGCCCGGGAAUGUUUUCGCGCCACCAGAAGAGACCGCAGCAGGAUUGAAGGGGGUUAUUUGAUGAAUUUUGAUGCAAAUAAAUAGGAUUAAAGGA